AUGUUCCCACAGUCCGCGUGGGGCAAACAGGUUGACAGCACACGCUUCGGAGGAUCUAGCCUGUGGCUUGUGGAAAGGGAGCCUGAAUAUCUCAGGCAGCGCGAUCGGCAUCAAACGGCACUGGCUAUUCUGUCCGUAAGCUGCAGCAAUGACAUAGGACAUAAGAUUCCUCUCUUGCCCAGUCGGCCCGAGAUAACGAAUACCGAAUCUUUCUAUAUACUCUAUCCGCCUCUCAUCUCCUCUCUCCUCUUCAUCGCCACCAUUUACGGCCGGACUAGGAAAUGCUUCAUCGGCGUGCCAUCAACAUCAGCUUGCAGCGGAUGCUGUCCCAAUCCGCUGCCGCACCUUCUCAUGGAGCAGCUAGCCAGGCUUGGCUGUGCCCUCAACGGUACAGAGGGAGGAUCAGAUACGGCCUUUGCUCUACCAGCUACAGCACUCAUUCCUCUUCCUCCCCCUCGACUUCUUCAACACCCCCAUUCGACACAUCAAAGGCUCGCUCGCAGCAAUCGGGCGGGCAAUUAGGUAUCUGGGUCCGGAGGAUAUCCCUCAUGUCCGCCUCGGCUGCUGCUGGCGCCUUUGCAUACUCAAAACUGGACCCCGCAAGUAUGGGUGGGUUCCAAGGCAUGCCUGUUGGCAAGAUCCAGCCGACGAUCUUGGGCACAGAGGAGCCGGACGAACCCUAUCCCUCGAAUGGACAGCCGACCAAGGAGAAAGUCGAGGAGAUCAAGCAGUCUGUUUCGUUAGAGAAGCAGAUGCAGAGGCUGGAACUUGUGCAUCAAUACAAGGAAUUGGUCAAGAAGGGCGAUUGGAAAGAGGCUGAUGCUUACUGGUAUCUGACUAAAGUGACAGAGCCCCAUCACCUGACAGCGGGAGCGCUCCGGGGCGAAAACAUGUUGAGCGUGAACCCACUCAAGUUUGAGAGGAAGGACAAGAAGGCGAUCGUGCUGUUCAUGCACCUGGGACGAAGUCUUUGCGGUCAUGAUCGGAUCAUUCAUGGUGGACUCCUGGCCACUUUGUUAGAUGAAGCGACUGGUAUGGUAGCCUUACCUAAUCUGCCGUUCCAUAUCGGCUUCACCGCGAACUUGAACAUCAACUAUCGCAAGCCCGUCAAGGCCGACCAGUUUGUGAUGGUGAAGGCAGAAUUCGAAAAGUCCGAAGGUCGGAAAGGAUACACCGUGGCCAGUAUUUACGAUCUACAUGGCAACAUCUUGGUCGAGUGCACGGCGCUUUUCGUCUCUCCCAAAAACCCUGUGAUGAUGGUCGCCAGCUAUGUGAAGAACUCGCUUGGUUUUUAGAGAGAGAAAGUCGAGAUUCUUGUAGCUUGAUUAUAUUAGACGUAAUACUUAGAACUACACAGACAAAUAGAAAUUAGAUCCCCCCCCCCUCCUCCCCCAAAAAAAGCGGCCUUUGGCUGACAUGAUAGAC